CUGUACGACGAAGAACAGAAAUCCAAAGUUAUGACCGGAAGUUAGAUUUUUCAACCAAACUCACGCUAUUAACGAAGCCUGGUUCUUCACAGAUAACAGCAGUUUCUCUCUGGAGUCUUCAACUUCGUUUUCUUGGUUUAGACAUGAAAAAACAAGACACGGAAGAGUCUCCCAGCAUUACUGGUAGUGAGGAUUCUCCACCUACAGGUGAAGUCUCCGAGGCACCUCCACCUCCUGCUCCACCUGCGGCUCACCCGACUACAGACGGCUCGGACAGCAACAGCCCCAACAGGGCCGAAUCACAGAGCCCACGCGCAAAAACCCCUCCACAAACCAACGAGGGUGGGAAUGAAGUUGCCCAGUCUCAGUGCGACAUGGCAGAGGAGCUGAGCCGGCAGCUGGAGGAUAUCCUCAGCACCUACUGCCGGGAGAGCCUUCGGGACGACGCUGGUGCCUUGCUCAACGGCCAGUCACACAGCCCGGUGCUCAAUGGGUUGACUGGAGAGAAGGAAGACGACAAAUCAGUGGAGGGCAAGGUCAACGGAGCAGAGAAGGAGCAGAAGAAGACCCAGGAGAAGAAGAAAGUGAAGGGUCUCGGCAAAGAGAUCACACUCCUCAUGCAGACUCUGAACACUCUGAGCACGCCUGAGGAAAAACUGGCAGGCCUCUGCAAAAAGUAUGCCGACCUGGUGGAAGAGCAUCGUACCACCCAGAAACAGAUGAGGGCGCUGCAGAAGAAGCAGAGCCAGCUGGUGCAGGAGAAGGACAACCUGAGGAACGAGCACAGCAAGGCCAUCCUGGCCCGCAGCAAGCUGGAGAGCCUCUGCAGGGAACUGCAGAGACACAACCGCACGCUCAAGGAGGAAGGGAUCCAGAGGACCCGACUAGAGGAGGAGAAGAGGAAGGAGGUGACGUCCCACUUCCAGGCGACGCUGAACGACAUCCAGACUCAGAUGGAGCAGCACAACGAGAGGAACGCCAGCCUGCGACAGGAGAACGCCGAGCUGGCCGAGAAACUCAAGAAGCUCUACGAGCAGUACAAGCUGCGGGAAGAGCACAUAGACAAAGUGGUGAAGCACAAAGACCUGCAGCAGCAGCUGGUGGACGCCAAGCUGCACCAGGCGCAGGAGAUGCUGAAGGAGUCGGAGGAACACCACGACCGGGAGAAAGACUUUCUGCUGAAGGAAGCCGUGGAGUUUCAGAGGAUAUGCGAGUUGAUGAAGCAGCAAGAGGUUCACCUCAAACAGCAGCUGUCGCUGUACACGGAAAAGUUCGAGGAGUUCCAGACCACCUUGUCUAAGAGCAACGAAGUCUUCACCACCUUUAAGCAAGAGAUGGAAAAGAUGACUAAAAAGAUCAAAAAGCUGGAGAAGGAGACGGCGAUGUACCGCUCCAGGUGGGAGAGCAGCAACAAGGCUCUGCUGGAGAUGGCUGAGGAGAAAGCCGUGCGGGACUGGGACUUCGAGGCGCUUCAAGGUAAAGUCCAGCGGCUCGACAAGCUGCGGCGGGCGCUCAAAGUGGAACGAAACGAGCUGAGGAAGAAGGUCCAGAACCUGAAUGGGGACAGCGGCGCCGGAGGGGCCCCCGCCUCCGACCCCGGGACCGACUCCCCCUCGCCCCCACCCACAGACUCUCUGCUGGAACCCAGCAGCUGUCCCGUCGCAGACUCCGCUUCCUGUCACUGCGGCCCGCGGCCGGACACAGACGCCCCGCCUCUUCCUGCGCUGGAAUGAAGCAGGGGCCACCCGCCGCUUCCUCCUUCCCCCCUCCAUGUUCAAACCACCAGCCUGCAAGCCGCUGCUCCUCUGCUGGAACGACAACAGUUAGCUUCUAACAGCGCAGUUAGCUUGUGUCUUUCCACUCUGACGUGUCGACUCUCUAGACUCAGCAGUUCCUCUGACAGUAGAACCUCGUGAUUCACUUCAAACUUUAGGGUGUGAACGUGUGCAGCUGGUGUUAGCAUGUCGACUAGAGCAGGGCUUAUGGAGCUGUUUGGGUCGACACAAGUCAAACUGGUUGUUGGAGAGAAGAGAUUGUUAGCCUGUGUGUGUGUUCGGGGUUUUGUCUUAGUGAUGGAAAGGGUUUCGUUCUAAAAGACAUUUUCCACAUUGACUUACUUUUUUUUUGUGCGUCACAACAUCUGUAAGAGGUUCUAUUGAAUUAAUAAGGGAAAUUUUGGGGGUUCUUUUUCUUCUGGCCACUUACAUUUUUUAUUUUUUGUUUUGACUUUUCUUUCUGGAAAGUUCUGGACGCUGCAUUUACUUUUUGUUCCUUUAUUUUUAUUUUUUUUCUGCCAUUUUUUUUUCUUUUUUUUUUACCCUGGCCCGUUUCUUUUUUACGACGGAGUAUUAGGGCCACUUUAAGAAAAUGUAAAAAUAACAAUAAAUAAAAUUAUGACAAUAAAAUCAUAAUAUGACUCAUAUUAUUUCAACUUUAUUGUCAUAUUAUUAUGACUUUAUUUUGAAUAUUAUGACUUUAUUCUGUCAUUAGUAUGGCCCUAAUACUCCAUUGUAAUUUCCUGAUCACGUUCCUUUUUUUUGUUUUAUUACAUAUUUUUUCCAUUUAAUUUUCAUAUUUCUUAAUAUCUAAAUACUACUAUUGCUUUUUGUUCCCUUUGUUUUUUUUCUUGCGCCCUUUUUUCCAAUUUUGUCACAUUCCUGUUUUCCAUUAUUGAAGGUUUUGCUAAUUUUCACUUUUUUCUCGGCUUCAUGAAACUUUUCAUUUUUGUUUUGAUUUCAUUUUCCCUUUUUUGUUGUUGUUGUUUACUCUUUUCUCAUGCCCCUAUUUCUUUUGUCCUGGCUGCUACAUCUUUACUUUUGUUUCUGGCUCCAUAGAUUUGUAUUUAUUUUAUUUUUUUGUGUGCGACACUAUACAUAAUUUCUAUUUUCUCCCCCUCUAGUCCCCUUAAAAUUAAAAAUCAGAUUUUCCACUCCUUAAUCUUUUCAAGUGAUCCCCUCUGAUGCUUAUAAUGCCCUCUCCCCCUCUUCUCCUAAUUUAAUCUGCUCUCAGUCAGUUUUAUUUAGGUUCGUUUAGAAUAUGUGAAAGUCACUUCAGACUCCAUUUAACUAAAUUUGUCAGUACUGCGUCUUGGAUGUCGUGUUUGUCUGUUCCACACUCUGAUGAUGGCAGUAGCUUGUAAUCAGGUUUCAAUCAAGGGAAUGUUCAAGUACCUCUAUGCAACGCUUGCAUCUUGGUUUUAUUCUAAGGCAGUCUCAACUGAUCAGCACUUAGCUUGAAUGUAUGUUCAUUUGUGUAUGUAUAUACUUUAAAACUCGACUAGAUGCUUCACAGCAGAAGGCCUUCUUGUGGGAUGGGGUCAAUUUACUCCCUUAACGUAGAGCAGCUCUCGUCACCUGGGUUCGAGUUAUUCAUCGCAUCUUUCUAAUGCUUUUGAAAGGUCCACUGACUGAGCCAAAUGGGGGGAAAUGGAGUAAUGUUUUUUUUUUCUUUUUUACUUCUGAAAUGUUUCACUCACUAACAUGCCAGUUUCUCACCUGUAUGACUAAUGACUAUGAAUAUGUAGCUAUGGUAAAGUGGUGACAACUAAAGCAGAAAUGUCUACGCUUCCUUUCUUCCGUCAUCCCACAAGGACGCAUUCAUCGUUAUCCGCUUCAUUUGGGCAUAAGAAGGAACCAAAGAUGUUUCCUUUUGUCUUUUUUGCAGUACUUUUAUCUGUCCCUGUAUAUUUUUCUUGUUCAAUAAAAGAGCAGUGUAUGUUUGAGUUAA